AUUUUAAUACAAACUUAGAUUUUGUUUGUGUUAAUAAAAUAGUUAUAUAAGUUUAAUGUGGGAAAUGUGAUACAUUGACAUUGACGUCAUGCGAAUGUUACCAAAAUUCGACCCAAGCUUUUUGUAAAAAAGCUUCAAAAAUGCGAAACAACGUAAUAGCUAACGCAGAUUGAAGAAAAGCAUUUGCGAACGAGAUAGCUGAAAGAGAAAAUGAAAAUCAGCAGUUUGGUUCAUAAGGUUAUCUUUGGUCAAGGCGUUACUCCGCUACCAAGCGGAAUUUGUGUCACGACUUUUUUACUCAUUCUUUGCAACGGAAUGAUUAUAACAAAUGUUUUCCCAUAUUUACCAGAACUUGUCAAGGUUUUUGGUGCAUCAGAAGUUGAUGCAGCAAAAAAAGCUGGUUAUAUGGCAUCAUCGAUGUUUAUGACAAGAAUAUUUAGCAGUAUAAUGUGGGGAUUUAUCUGUGACAAAUUUGGAACUAAGCUUGCUCUGCUAUUAUCUGGAACCAGUCUUGCAGUAUCUACCAUUUUGUUUGGGUUCAGCAUAAAUUAUUCAUGGGCUAUUAUUGCUAGAUCUGUUCAAGGAUUGUGCAUGGGUUUGAUUAUAAUAUCUAAAGCAGUUAUUUCUGAGAUUUCUGAUGAUACAAACAUUGCUACUGGGUUUAGUAUAGUAUUUUCAGGAUCUAACAUUGGGUUCAUUUUAGGUCCUAGCAUUGCAGGUUAUCUAGUGUUUCCUGUUACUAAAUACCCAAAUGUUUUUAGUAAAGGAACAUUCUUUGACAAUUUUAAGAUUGUAAUACCUAACAUUCUAUUUGCUAGUGGAAUUUUAUUUUCACUUCUAGUGACAGCUUUUCUUCUGCCAAAGAAAAAACAAAAUUCUAAGGAGCAAGAGAUCAUAGUUCAAAAUGACAGCUUACAAAACUCAGUAAUGGAUUCAAAUGUUUACUUAAAUUAUUCUAUCACUACUGAGUCAAUUCAAACAAAUAUGUCAGAAAAAUCAAGGUUAAUUGGUUCAAAGCAAUCAGGAGUUUCAAAGCUUUUUCUUGAGUUUAAGAAUACAAAGCUUGCAAAACUUCUUGGAAACAGAUAUUAUCUGCUGAUGAUAUUAAUCUAUUCUGUGUAUUGUUUGUUGGUUGUGGGUCAGAACGAGUUAUUUCCUGUGUUUGCUGCUGCUUUACCAAAAUAUAGUGGACUUGGUAUGACAACAUCUGAUAUUGGCUUACUGUUUUUAAUAGUUUCAAUUCUACUUUUAAUAUCUCAAAUGACAAUAUUAAAUAAGUUGACAACUAGAUUUGGAUCAAAAAAGGUAUUUUGUGCAUCUACUUUCUUGUAUGGUAUUUUUGUAGUCCUGGUCCCAAUAUCAGAUGUCAUACAAUCAAGAUCUGCUUUAUGGGUUACAACAUCUAUUAUACAGAUCUGUGUAAGAGUGACCAGUGCUGCUGGGUUUUUAGCAAUAAAUAUUUUUAUAAAUAAUUCAGUAGAAUCAGAUAUGCUUGGGUUAGCAAAUGGAUUGGCAAUGUCUGCAGCCUCUAUUGGAAGCUCGAUUGGUGCUGUUGCAUUUGGAAAUGCUUUUACAUGGUCAAUGAAAAACAUUAAAAAGGCGCAAGAAAACAAUACUACAGCAGUGUUUCCUAUAAACCAAUAUUUUGCAUUUGUGCUUAUGUCUUUUAUAUCGUUUUUUCUUUUUUUCUGUGCGCUUUGUAUUCCUUCAAGUUUAAACAAAAAAAACAUUCGAAAUGAAAAACAAAAUUCUGCUGUGGUUGUCACAACAUCAUAUUUUCGUUUUGAGCAGUGUUGAAAGUAAUUAUAAAAGAAAGAACUUUCUGGAUUAGACUAUCACUUUUACUAACUAUGCAUGCUAAUUUUUAAAAAUGAGUCAUUUUACAAAUUUUGCUAGCUUGAUUGUGCAAUUUGAGUCUAUUUUUUUUGUUCUUUAACAAAAUUAGUUAAAAAUA